AUGGAUUGGGUUGAUCCGAAAAAAGAACUGAUCCAUGAUAUUUUGACUAGAGAAGAUGUGGAAGAAAAUUAUUUCGCAGCAGAGGAGAAAGAGGAUUUUCCGUCUGUGUUUUGUAGUGGGGGCUUAACCGCUUUGUCAGAUACUGCCCGAUCUUGUGAAUUGGAUUCCCCAGAAGAAGAAAAGCUCGAUAAUAUCAGUGCUUUUAACUGUGACAACAAUAAAACUGAACAAUCUUUUGGGGACUUACAUUUUGUUGAAAAUAUAUUCCAGCUUUCGAACCUUGGCUCAGACUCAGUUGAUUUGUUAAGCCCAAGCCAGUUCAAUGAUAGUGACACUGAGUGGAUGUUAUCAGAGUAUGAAGGUUCUGACUUGAAGAAAACAAAAUUAGCUGGCACUGGACAUGAAAAACGCAUGGUUAAUUCUGCUAAACAGGGUAGUUACGGAAGCAGACGCUCAUACUGUUUAGGUAAUAGCAAUUCAAAGAAUGCAGUUGCUGCAAGAGACAACCGGCUGAAAAAGAAAAAGUACGUUGAGGACCUAGAGAAGACGGUCAGUAACUUGCAAGUUGAAAAUGAAUGUCUGCGAGAACAGUCAAAGAAGAAUAGUCAUACCUUGGGUGUGUUACAAAACGAAGUAUCUUAUUUGCGAAAAGUAAUAGCUAAUCAAUCUACCCUUUCAGCCAUUUUGAAAAACGUGAUGAAAACACCUGGCAUUACAUUGACCACAUCAUUCAAAAAUGCAGCGAGCUAUAACAGUUCAGAAGAGGACAAAUUGCACUCUGAUCUUAGUAGCUGCAACAAAAAUGGUAAUAAUAAUAAGAAGGAUAGAAGCUGCAAGAAGAAAGACAUUCACUGUGUUGAUACUCCUGAGCAAGUUGACUCUGUCUUUGAUUUAAAGUCAGCCUCUUCCACUAAUUCUAGAAGGGCGUCAAAACGAAAUGUAAAAGGCAAAAUGAUGCACACACAGAGUCAGAAAAAGGAAGCUGUGGCACAAGAAAAUAAACAGCCAGCUGACGUCACAAAAAAUAAUGAAACAUUUGAAGACUCUGAUGCGUCACAUAUUUCUAUGGAUAACAUACAUGGUGGCAUUUGCCUUCAUGUAUCCGGACACAACGUAUCACUUGAAUUCUGUCCUCUUUGCAACAAAAAUGCAUAUUUAGGACUUAUUACUGAUCAUUCUUAUGUGAAGUUGUAG